AUGAAAGAGUCGUUUGAACAAUUCAUUCAGAAAGAUCUGGGAAUUAAUGAAAAUCAAAAUGAGAAGAAUUAUUUAUUACCUCUGAAUAACGUGGACAUGUCCAUGAUUAUUAAGGAUGAAAUUUUUGACGAAUACAUGGCGAUAUUUGGUGAGAACGGGCGAUUCCAAGAAAAUCUUGAUGACUCUGAAUUCGAGAAGAAAUUGAGUACUUUAUUUUCCAAUUUUAUGAACAAGUUGUUCAUUGAUGAAAUGAAACUUGUGAUGGAUAGCAUUGAAGGAAUUAUAAUUUUAGAGAAUACUCACCAACUGCAUCAAAACUUGUUGAGAAAACUUAUUGAGAAUGAUAUUUGUACCGUACGCAAAUUUCCACACUUAAAGAGCUUGAAAUUUAUGAACUCACAAGGUUGUGCCAUUCUUCCAAGUUUUUGUUCCAUGAAUACUUUCAACAUUGAAAAAACAACAACCCAAGCACGCACUUACGAUGCCAAACUCUUUGUCAAAAAUUCUUGA